AUGGCUAAUGCAGUGACAUAUGAGGACGUGCAUGUGAACUUCACUCAAGAGGAGUGGGCUCUGCUGGAUCCUUCCCAGAAGAAGCUCUACAAAGAUGUCAUGUUGGAGACAUACAGAAACCUCAACGCUAUAGGCUUUAAUUUGAAAGACAAAAAUACUGAAGAACAUUGGCAGAGAUCUAGAAGACAAAGGUAUGAAAGGAGUCAGAGUGCAGAGAAAUCCUCUGAAUAUACUCAACCUGGUAAAGCCUUUGCUUUACGUGCUCACAGUCAUGCCCAAAGACAUGAAAGGAUUCAUACAGAAAAGAUCCCCUCUGAAGUUAUUCACUGUGUCGAAGACUUUUUACCUUACACAAGUCUCCAAAUACAUAAAAGAACACAAACUGGCCAGAAACCCCAUGAAUGAAAUCAAUGUGGUAAGGCAUCUGCACAGCACAGUAAUCUCCUUACAGCAGAAAAGAAGACACUGGAGAGAAAUGCUAUGAAUGUAAUCAGUGUGAUAAGGCCUUUUCACAACAUAGUCAUCUUAAAAGGCAUGAAAGAGCCAGGCGGUG